UUGGGUGACGCAGAAACUUUCUAGAAAUCCUUCCCAUCGCCCUUUGCGUUUCCAACAUGGAGGACCUGACGGUGGAAGUGCGCGGCUCUAACGGAGCUUUCUACAAGGGAUUCAUCAAAGAUGUCCAUGAAGAUUCGCUCACAGUUGUUUUUGAAAACAACUGGCAGCCGGAACGUCAGGUUCCAUUCCAUGAAGUUCGGAUGCCACCCUUACCUGACAUCAAGAAGGAAAUAACCGAAGGGGAUGAGGUUGAAGUUUACUCCAGAGCUAAUGACCAAGAGCCUUGUGGAUGGUGGCUUGCUAAAGUCCGAAUGAUGAAAGGAGAGUUUUACGUUAUUGAAUAUGCUGCUUGUGAUGCUACCUACAAUGAAAUAGUGACGUUUGAGCGGCUUCGACCUGUCAAUAUAAACAAGCCUGUGACAAAGAAUUCCUUCUUUAAAUGCAUGGUGGAUGUUCCAGAAGACCUAAGAGAAGCGUGUGCCAGCGAAAAUGUGCAUAAAGAAUUCAAGAAAGCUGUUGGAGCGUGUAGAGUGUAUUUUAGCUCAGAGACUAAUCAAUUAAUUAUACUGUCUGCAAGUGAAGCGACAGUGAAGCGGGUAAAUAUACUGAGUGACAUGCACUUAAGAAGUAUUCGCACAAAGCUGAUGCUGAUGUCAAGGAAUGAAGAAGCCACCAAGCAUUUAGAAUGUACAAAGCAGCUUGCCGCAGCAUUUCAUGAAGAAUUUGUCGUUCGAGAAGAUUUAAUGGGACUCGCAAUAGGUACACAUGGAAAUAACAUCCAGCAAGCCAGGAAAGUUCCGGGUAUUACAGCUAUCGAAUUAGAAGAAGACAGUGGAACAUUUCGAAUCUACGGAGAGAGUGCUGAGGCAGUCAAGAAAGCACGAAGUUACUUGGAAUUUGUAGAGGAUUUCAUUCAGGUGCCCCGAAAUCUUGUUGGGAAAGUUAUUGGCAAAAAUGGCAAAGUCAUUCAGGAGAUUGUGGAUAAAUCUGGAGUUGUAAGAGUGAGAAUUGAAGGAGAUAACGAAACCAAGUUACCCCGCGAAGAUGGUAUGGUUCCAUUUGUCUUUGUCGGAACAAAGGAAAGCAUUGGAAAUGUCCAGGUUCUUCUAGAAUAUCAUAUUGCAUACCUAAAAGAGGUAGAGCAGUUAAGACUUGAAAGACUUCAAAUUGAUGAACAGCUACGCCAGAUUGGUAUGGGUUUCCGACCAACUUCAAACCGAGGCACAGAGAAAGAAAAGGGUUAUGCAACUGAUGAAAGUACUGCCUCUUCUGUCCGUGGAAGCAGAUCCUACAGUGGACGAGGCCGAGGUCGUAGAGGACCCAAUUACACAUCUGGUUAUGGUACAAAUUCUGAACUGUCCAAUCCCUCAGAGACCGAAUCAGAAAGGAAAGAUGAAUUGAGUGACUGGUCUCUAGCUGGUGAAGAUGAUAGAGAAAAUCGCCAACUGAGAGACAGCCGAAGGCGCCCUGGCGGAAGAGGCCGUAGUGGAUCUACAGGACGAGGGCGCGGCGGAUCUAGGGGUGGCAAAUCUUCCAUCAGCUCUGUGCUAAAGGAUCCAGACAGUAACCCCUACAGUUUACUUGAUAACACUGAGUCAGACCAGACAGUGGAUACAGAUGCAAGUGAAUCUCACCACAGCACUAACCGCCGAAGGCGGUCAAGGAGGAGGAGGACUGAUGAAGAUGCUUCUCUAAUGGAUGGAACAACUGAAUCUGAUAAUGCCUCUGUCAGUGAAAACGGCUUGGAUAGUGAACAAAAACCCCAGCGACGCAAUCGUAGCAGCAGGCGUCGCUUCAGGGGUCAGGCAGAAGAUAGACAGCCAGUGACAGUGGCAGACUAUAUCUCAAGGGCAGAGUCUCAGAGCCGGCAGAGAAACCUCCCUAAAGAAGCACUUGCUAAAGGCAAAAAGGAAAAGGUAAAGGAUGUCAUUGAAGAACACGGACCUUCUGAAAAGGUCACUAAUGGACCACGAGGGUCCAAUGGUGACAGUUCUUCGAAAUCACUGACAACCGCCCCUGAAAGGAACGCUGCAAGCUGUCAAGACGUGAGCAAACAAGAAGCCAUACUGAAUGGGGUGUCCUAAAUGGAGUGUCCUAGUUUACAGUUCCUUUACAUUACAUUUUACAAUAGUGCUUGUACAAGCUUGCCAAAGAUAGAUUAAGGAUCGCCAGUCUUUACACCACACUUUCAGUUCCUCCAUUUGGAAUAAAGAAAGGGGAGGGAUCCUGAUAAACAUGUUAAACAUAAGUUGAUACCUACUGUGUUCUAAAUACAUCAUCAGAUGUGCCUUGAGAUAGUAUACGAAACAUUAAAGAAAAAAAAAAAAGAAAAAAGUGCUGGCUAUAGGAAAUGUUUUGUUUCAUAUAUGGCAUUGAAUGGGGGGCGGGGGAUCCUGCAUAAUAUUUGUUCUGAAAGCGUUAGCUGCUUUUGUUACAUUUUUAAUAAUAUGCAACCACUUCUUCACCUGAGGAAAACUAGAAAAUGCAGUCUAAAAGUAUUUUGCACUGAACUGUAACUUCUCCAUUGGUUAGGUCUGGAAACUGGUCGUUUUAAUACAUGUUUGUUUUUUGUUUUUCUUUUUUUAUUAAAAAUUAAAAAAAAAGCUGUAUGGAGGAAAAACUGCAGACCACUGGAACACAAAAACUCAUCUGCAGCUAUUGGCAGUGACUGUUCUUCAUUGGAGCUUUGUUUGGUUUAUUUAUUAAACUGUACAGUAUUUAAAAUCAAACAUUGCUAGAAACACUAAAACCGAACGUAGUCAUGUCCACCAAGGCAGAAUCCGAACUACUGAAAAGAUCAAUUUCCAGAAUGUUUCUCCUGUAUAAAAACUGCAUAUGUUAGUCCUUAGUAUGGUAUUUUUUAUUUUCGUUUUGGUUGUUUGAUGUGCAAUAUGUUUUUUUUGUAUGCAGGUAGUAAAACAAAAAGACACAAAAAAAUAAACUUUGAUCUUCCAUUUUUGAUUAUCAGCCUAGUUUCCUAUGUGGGAAAUGCAAUGAUUUCUUAACCCUUUCACUGCUUGCAUGUCCAGCAGCGGAGAGGUUAACGUGUCUUUCAUCGACAUUUAUUCCAUGUGGUAAAUACAAUUGACCAGUUUUAAGUGCUCGAUUCUACUCAAAGUAAGCGGUGUGAUUCCUUUUUUUGUACUGGACAUUUAUCCUUGACUUACAUCAAGUGUCGCGAUUCAAAGCCUGAUGUUGGCCGCAGGCAUUGGAGGCCACCCUCUUCAACUGGACAGAAAUCCGUGAAAUAAACAUCUUUCCAGCACAUACUUUUCAAGCAUAUCUUGUAGUCUUCUUUUCAGCUUUCUUGUUUUAAAGUUCUGUUACUUAUUCCGAAAGAGAGAGAAAUCCAGGCUCUAGCUAUCCAGUCUAUUAUAGAACAUAUUCAAAUCUGAAAGUGCUCUGUGGGUAUUUCUUAACCCAAGGUAUAAAUGUAAAAUAUGAAUGUAGUCGUAGAUGUACAAAGCAAUAAAGGGAAUAAAUAGUA